UUAUAUGCCGCAUCUGUUUAUAAUCUAACCUCGUUUUUCACGAGUAUCUUUGGACCCGAAGAACGACACUCGGUUUUUCUUUUAUGAUACUUUCUUCUGUUUUCCGUUGCGCAAAGUGGAGAUCAAUUUUUCUUUAGAUUUCGGCAAUGACUUUCUCCAGUUUUUAAGCAAACAUUGUUAGCAUUGACGAUGACAAGGCUGCGAGUAAAUGCGCGUGUGACGAUGAGAUGAAUAGUGAAUGAGUGCGAGAACCGCGUAUGGAUGUAUUUGAAACGCUGGUGACUUUGGUACCACACGACCAAGCUAAUCGGCAAAGGAAGUUGUAACUUGGCUGGCAAGUACUGGCGGAAACGGUCUUGUAGUGCUACAUCCGCUGCUGCUGCCGACUAUUGCCGGCUUCCAGCUCACGGGACACUUCGUAUUCGCCGGCAGGACUCUGACCUCCUCGCUCUCCAGCCCCAGAUAACCGUUCUUGAACGUACCAACACUUCCAGAAUGGCGGAGCGACACGGACGGAGUCGUUAUCUGACCCUCAGCAUUUUACACAUAGUCACCAUAAUGUGUCAAGCUCUUUCUGACAAACCGAUGUUUGCUGAGCCUAUUCCAAAUGUCACAGUGGCACUCGGGAGGGAUGUUAGUUUACCUUGUGUUAUUGAGAAUCUUGGAACAUAUAAGGUGGUAUGGAUACACGUCGGCAGGCAGAUGCUCGUCUCGGUACAUAAGCACGUAGUCACAAAGAUUUCAAGGUUCUCCGUGUCGAACGACAAUCACAAGACCUGGCUACUACACAUACACGCGGUCGAGAGACAGGACCGCGGUUACUAUAUGUGUCAAGUCAACACAGUUCCGAUGAUGAGCCAAGUGGGAUUCCUCGAAGUCGUUGUGCCACCGAACAUAUUGGACUCGGAGUCGACAUCGUCGACAGUGGCAGUGCGCGAGUUUCAAAACGUCACGCUUGUCUGCAAAGCCAACGGCUUCCCCGUACCCACGAUCAAGUGGAAGCGCGAGGAUAAUCAGGGCAUUCCACUCGCCGACCGACGCACUAAAGUGACCGUCUACGAGGAUGAAACGCUCAACAUUACGAAGAUAUCGAGGAACGAAAUGGGUGCCUAUUUAUGUAUAGCAAGUAACGGUGUUCCACCGACAGUGAGCAAAAGAAUUAUCGUCGACGUCGAAUUCUCGCCGAUGAUAUUCGUGCCGAAUCAGUUGGUGGGUGCGCCCUCGGGUACAAACGUCACACUCGACUGCCAAACAGAAGCUCAUCCGCGAGCCAUCAGCUACUGGAUGUUCAACAACUCGAUGGUUUUGUCGACAGACAAGUACGCCGCUUACCACGAUGAGAAUAGCUACAGGACGCACAUGCAUCUCAAUAUAAGUAAUUUACAGCCCGGUGACUUUGGCAAUUAUCGAUGUAUCAGCAAAAACUCCCUGGGCGAGACAGAAGGUUCGAUUAGGUUGUAUGAAUUUUCGAAACCUUCAGCGCCACCCAAAGCGACGGAGAUAAAAAGCAGCGCCAACAAAGAAGGACGCAAGAGCACCGUAGCACCACCAAGACGUACGACGACCAUAUGGCCAUCACCAUAUUCGCCGUACUAUCAACCGAAACGCACCGAGAGGCCACCGUAUCGUGACAACGACUACGACAGACAGGACGUGAAACGAGGAGAUAGCCGUGCCAGAAGCACAGGAAGCUCAUACAUCAUCAGGUGGAGUGCGCCACAGUUGAUGGUCGUUGCUGUGCAGUACAUACUCACCGGGCCCUAUAUUCCGCCUUAUGUUCCCCAGGCUGCCAAUUGAGCGACUCAUCUAGGACUGGCGCUUAUAUUGGUUCGUAUGUACAUCGAGUGCUUGUCACCACUCUAUAUCUCAAGCCAUCUGAGCAUUUACCAAUUCUCGGAUUAAAUUAUGGAAAUCGCUGGCAAUAGGGAUUAAAGCAGAAAACACGAACGUUCGAACGGUAGAUUAUGUGAACUGAAAAAAUUCUGUUGCCCAGGCUGGACCACGUUCUGCACGGAAUCGACGCACAAUCUGAUCGAACGUAGACCGUCACUGACUGAUCGGUCGUGCUGCCACGCGAGGACGAAGUGCUUGAUACUCUCUGUUCUUUCUUCUGCGACAGGGAUCGCGUUCGAGCGUGACGAUGUAAAAAUGAGUUUCCUUUGAUACGGAUUCCUCGUUGUUUCAUGGCGAUGCUACUCUAAUUUUUCUACUUACCCGUAAGCUUCGUUUCGCAAAAUAUUGCUGUCGGAUAAUGCAUUCGUAGGACUCGCAAUACAAUAAGAGGCUAAACUUGAUCAUUCGGUUGAUGACUGAGCCGAUCAAUUUUUCCAAGGAAUCUUUGUCAUCUGCUACAUAGAUCGUAUACUAUGUGCGGUGCACAGUACUACACCUUCGGAUAAGAACUUUUUUCAAAAACUGCCAUGAAUUUGACAAAAAGACGAUUACAUGAAAUAUUUUUGGAACUGAUGAAUAUUUAAAAGUAAAUUAUUGUCUAUCUAUCAUUUCAUCAGUUGGAUAAAUAAAUUUUGCUCGCCAAUACAUGAACUUCUUUUUAUCUAAUCAUUUAUGGCUGGUUUCGUAAGAAUUUUAAAUUUUAUAUGUUUGUAUUACUCAGAUAUAUUGUUAUUAAUCUUAUCAGCUGAUUAUUCAUUGAUGAUAAGUUCAAGAAAUAGUAUAAAAUUCCAAUUAUAAUUUAUGAGAGUGUGAGUUGAAGCCUGGUGAAUAAGAGACGGCUUAAACAAAUGAUCUUAACAAUAGAAAAUAUUAUUUCUGGCACGUAGCUACUUUGAGGAGCACAAUAUUAUACAUACAUCGUAAUUAUUGUCAUAAUUACUAUACUUGUCAACAGUCUUCCUACCACUGGAAUCGUCUUUAUGAGUCGUGAUUGUGAUUGAAAAUUUUUACAUUUUCUGUUAUUUUCUAAAUUGUUAGUUUCGUUGUCAAAUGAGAAUGAUUGAGCUGAGCAGUAAUUCUUGAAAUAAUGAUUUCCAUGAAUCUGUUCUUAAAAGGUGUAUCGAGUCAACUUUAACGAGAAAUGAGACAGCGGUCGUUUCUACAGUUCGGGUAAUGCUAAAAAAGUAAGAAAAAACACGUCAAAAGAAUAAAAAAGAAACAGCGAAGUGCAAAGUUAUAUCUUGUCUCAAGGGGCGCAAGAUACCCUAGUUUGAUUAAUACUACGCCAAGAAUAGACGGUAUGAAAAAUGGCAGCUCGUUCGCGGUUCACUUUGUCGUAUCUACUCAAAACGGAGUUUCGAAGGAACGACCGCAAAAGUGCUCCGACCGAAAGAGAAACGAUUUCAACGAUUCAAUUAUACCAGAGCUGAUAGUAGUUCAUGCAAACAAUUCAGCAACUUUAUUGCGAUUUUAUAUUUAUCCAGUGUAUUCGAGUGAAAGAUCACUUUGAUAAGAUUAAGAAAUUAAUAAAACAUUGACAUAUUUGUUGAAGAUUUAUCUGAUAGAAAUUAUUAGUUUUCACUGAAAAUUCAAUUAACCCGCACGUGCUUUUGACAUUGCUACUUUCAUUUAGCCCUCGUUUUGUAAAAUAUAGUUAGCAAGACUAAAUAACUAAAUGAUAGUGACAAAUAAACCAGAGUGAUAAGAAAGGUAAGAACCGUCACAGCUUUACAUGCUAUUGGAAAUACAAAGUGCUUACAAAAAGUCGAUAAGGAGGAACAAACGGAAGCCGAUUGAAAACGCGUGUCGAACGAGGUUUCAUGCAGAUUUGGUUUCUCUAACAAAAAAAAAAUCGAUGUACACGGUGGAAAAUAUCUGUGCAUAGUUCUUUUUUGUAGUUUGCCAGUGCAUCAGAUUAGUUUUGCACUUUCGGAGGAGGCAUCGUUGGCUAAUCUAUGUGGCGCCGCGGGCAGCGGAUUAUGUUAAGCGACGCGUGAGCGAACGCGCGCGGCCACAGUCCGAACCAACCGAGCCGUAACGGAGAUACUGCACGGUGACGUUGUUAUAUCGCGCGACGCGCGUUUAAUGGCCACCAAAAGCUCCACACACGCGUGAGCAUAUCGGCGCCACCCACUCGCGGCUCACCCAUACUACACGCAUUCAACGCGCGAUUAAUAAGCAUAAAACUGCCCACUCACCUACCCCCGUUAUUCAUUUGUUUUUUUGUUUUUUCGUCGGCUCAUUCGUUUUUCGUAAAAAAAAAUGGUUCGCUGUUUUUACUCAUUUGCGCGAACCGUGUAUUCGGAUAGAUAACACUCACUAUCGGAGCUUUUCCAACUGGAUUAAAAAAGAAUGUAGAUUUCCAACAGUUGGUAUAUUAAUAAAGGCGUUUUUUCUAAAAUUUAUUGAUUCAUACAUCUUGGUCUGAUAUUGUCUGAGCAACAAUUCAGAUAAUUGCAUCUUUUGCAAGUUCAUCGAUAAAAAAUGGAAAAAUUCUGAUCAUACCAUUGCCUCGACUAAUAAAAAGCGUAUUGUAAGAAGUUAAGUAGUGCAAGUAAAGAUAUAACGAGCCAAUUGCUGUUGCUCACAAAAAAUAACUUGUUAUAUAAUUCUAGAAAUUUACCACGAGAAAUGCAUAAAUAAUCGCUUAGAUAAAGUUUUCUUCGAUAGUUGCAAGUCACAACGAAUAUUUCUUAAUUGGUUAGAAAAUCUUUUAAACAUAUUGGAUUGUCUAUGGAGAAACUAAAGAACGCGAAGCAGAAAGGUGCACAUCUACGCUCUUGCAAAACGUCAAGAGUUCUAACUAUUUACGAGCUAUUACGUCUUGCACGGAACGAGCGGCUACUACGCGGUCGAGAACACUUUUGUGCGAUCCAGCGCCGAAAUAAGUUUUACGGCACGACA